AUGGACUACGAGGCCUUGAAGGAUUACUGGACUGACAUUGAGGAUCGUGAUGGGAUCCGGCUCAGUUGGAACAAGUUUCCAAGCUCUCGCAUGGAAGCGUCCCGCCUAGUCGUCCCCAUUGGCGCUGUUUACACUCCUCUCAAGGAACGCCCCGAUGCUCCACUGCUACAGUACGCACCGGUGACCUGCAAGCCGCCCUGCAACGGUGUCCUGAAUCCCUAUGCCAACGUUGAUGACCGGGCCCGUAUUUGGAUAUGUCCCUUCUGUCUGAUGCGCAAUCCCCUUCCUCCUCAGUAUAAGGAUAUCAGUGCCACUGUCGUUCCUCCGGAACUUCACCCGCUAAACACUACCAUCGAGUAUCAACUGCCGCGCGGCCCCCGCCCCGCCCCUCCGCCGCCUAUCUUUGUUUAUGUCGUCGAUACCUGUCAAGAGGAGGACAGCUUGAAGGCUUUGAAAGAUGCUUUGGUCGUGAGCUUGUCUCUACUUCCGCCUAAUGCGCUGGUGGGCCUGAUUACGUUUGGUACUAUGGCUCAAGUCCACGAGAUCGGCUACACCGAGUGUGCCAAGUCCUACGUUUUCCGGGGCAGCAAGGAGUAUGCGGCGAAGCAAGUCCAGGAGAUGCUUGGUCUCUCCCAAGGCAUGCGUCCGGCCAUGCCCAACCAACCGCCCCAGGGCCCUCUCGGCCCGGCGGCCCGUUUCCUUCUUCCUGUCCAACAAGCCGAGUUCCAGAUCACCAAUGUUCUUGAACAGUUGCAGCGUGACCCAUGGCCCGUUGCCAACGACAAGCGACCCCUCAGAUGCACAGGCGUUGCCCUGGGAGUUGCCGUUGGCCUUCUCGAAACCUCCUUCCAGAACGCCGGUGCCCGCAUCAUGCUUUUCACCAGCGGUGCAGCCACCGAGGGUCCUGGUCUGGUUGUUGGACAUGAGCUCAAGGAACCCAUUCGUUCCCACCACGACAUUGACCGGGAUAACAUCAAAUAUUACAAGAAGGCUGUCAAGUUUUACGAUAACAUGGCCAAGCGUGCGGCCCACAACGGACACAUUGUUGACAUCUUUGCGGGCUGCCUUGACCAGGUCGGUCUUCUGGAAAUGAAGAACCUCUCCAACUACACUGGAGGCCACAUGCUGCUCACCGACAGCUUCACAUCAUCGCAGUUCAAACAAUCGUUUAUCCGAGUCUUCGAUAAGGAUGCCAACGAUAACCUACUAAUGGGUUUCAACGCAUCCCUUGAAGUUCUGACUACCAAGGAACUGAAGGUUACUGGGCUUAUUGGGCAUGCUGUGUCCUUGAACAAGAAGUCCAGCUCUGUCGGUGAGACAGAAUGCGGAAUUGGCAACACAUGUGCCUGGAAGAUGUGUGGAAUCGACCCCGCCUCGAGCUAUGGUAUUUACUUUGAGGUUGCGAACCAAGGUGGCCCAGCAGCCGUACAGCCAGGUACCCAGAAAGGAGUCAUGCAGUUCUUAACAUACUACCAACACUCGUCCGGCCAUUACCACCUCAGAGUCACGACGGUUGGAAGGGAACUUAGUGGCCCCGCCGGAGACCCUACCCUUGCACAGUCCUUCGACCAGGAAGCUGCUGCAGUGCUGAUGGCACGGAUCGCAGUCUUCAAGGCGGAGGUAGAUGAUGGUCCUGAUGUCCUCCGAUGGGUCGACCGUAUGCUCAUCAGACUUUGCUCUCGUUUCGCCGACUACCGGAAGGAUGAUCCGACUUCAUUCCGCCUGGAGAAGAACUUCACGCUCUACCCUCAGUUCAUGUUCCAUCUCCGCAGAAGCCAGUUCUUGCAGGUGUUCAACAAUUCCCCCGAUGAGACUGCCUUCUACAGGCACGUGCUUAACCACGAGGAUGUCGGCGACUCUCUGGUCAUGAUCCAGCCCACGCUAGAUUCAUACUCCCUCGAACACGAGGGUAGCCAGCCCGUUCUACUGGACUCGGCUUCCAUCCAGCCUACCCACAUCCUCCUUCUGGACACAUUCUUCCACAUUCUAAUUUUCCACGGAGAGACCAUCGCCGAAUGGAGAAAGGCCGGUUAUCAGGACCAGGAAGGCUACGAGAACAUCAAGGCCCUUCUUGAGCAACCCAAGGAGGAUGCUAGAGAACUCAUUGCGGAUCGCUUCCCCCUGCCUCGGUUCAUUGUUUGUGAUGCCGGUGGUUCUCAAGCCCGUUUCCUUCUGUCCAAGCUUAACCCCUCCACUACCCACACGACGGGAGGCUACGGUGGCGGUGUGACAUCGCAGACCAUAUUCACUGACGAUGUGUCGCUGCAGACUUUCAUGGAUCAUUUGAUGAAGCUUGCUGUUUCGGGAACUAGCUAG